AUGCUAGGUGAGACAGGAAGGUCUAUCUACCUGUUGUAAGCAGCUGUGGGGCAGUCAGUGUGUGUGUAAGCAUGGCCCUGCCUACUGCAUUCCUAGUGACAGAGCAGGGAAGGCAUUCAGGAAAGGGAGGAACUGUCCAGCUGUGUAUUACACAGUUAUCAAGCAGAGAAUCUAACAUAUUGGAAGAUAUUGGGACCCCGGCUGCUCACCUCUGCUGUCAGGCAGCACCAGCGACAAGUGUACAGAUGCCGUCUCCAACUGAAACCUUGAAGAAGGAGCUGGAGGAAGAGUUGAAGUUAAGUAGUGAAGACCUUCGCAGCCAUGCUUGGUACCAUGGACCCCUAUCUCGGCAGGAGGCUGAGAGUCUGUUGCAAAUAGAUGGCGACUUUCUAAUCCGUGAUUCCCUCUCCUCUGCGGGUGACUAUGUGUUGAGCUGCAAGAGCUCCAACCAGGUCCUGCACUUUAAGAUCAUUGCUGUCACCUUGCGCCCAAAACGUGGCAUUUCGCGGACACUCUACCAACUGGAGCGGGACCAGUUUGACAACAUUCCGGCCCUUGUUCGCUCUUAUGUUGGUGAUAAGAAGACUGUAUCAGAGUCCUCAGGGGCGGUUAUUAUGCGUCCGAUUAACAGGACAGUUCCACUUAGUGUGGUGCAGGAAAUACAUAACUCACAAAGAGGGAACAAGGAGAAUAGGAGGAGCCUCCACUUGCUUGACAGCAGUUUGCUCAGGACCAAAGACAUGUUUGGGAGUCAACCUGGAAAUUUGGAUGUCCUCAAGGAAAUUCCCCUGCAGAGUGCUCAGUCUGACAGCAACCUACUGACAGCUUUUACAGCAGAAUCUCCCGCUGCUUCAGUGGACACAGCAUCCAUUCCUCUAUCACCUAUUUUCCGCACGGGGAGUGACCCAGUCCUCAGAGCCAAAAUGCAACCAACUUUCCCUUUGGAUUAUGAUGGGAACAAUGCUUUGAGGGGAUCAGACAGCCAACUGCACACCAAAGCACCACCAAAGCCCAUAAGGGCCCCAUCAUUGUUGCUUCCAGAGCCUCCUGAUGAGACAAACACAUAUUGUGAGUUGAUCCCACGUGCCCCUGAUACCAGUAGGAGAAAUGUGGACACAGUGAAAGUAGAGGAAAGGUGGAGGAACCGUGCUCGUGCCACUGAAACCACUUUUGGCUUUUUGGACUCGAAAAAGUCCACAGAUGUGAUUUAUUCUGGAGUGAGCCACCCUGCACUGGCCCACUUAGUGGCCGACAAUUCUAAAAGUGUAUACUCUGACAUGAACAAAACUAAAUAUGUCUAUGCUGACAUGGAAAAACCUAAAACAGUUACUUCUGAAGUAAAAAAACCUAAGCUGAUCCAUACCAAGAUGAACAGGUCUAUUGUUGCACAAUCUGUAUUGGACAAUCCUCCAGUAGAAAAUUCUAAUGUGACACUUUCUAAGGCUGAUCAUUCAACAUUGAAGAGUGUGGAAGAGGAUGACUUUGUAAGACCACAAAUACAGACCACAACAUCUUUCCAACCAAAAAUCUUUCAGUCAGUCCUGCUCUCUCCGGAAAACAAACCUCUAGAAUCCAAUGCAUUGCGCAAGCUGAAAGAGAUUGUCAGCCAAAGAGACUGCAGAGAAAGCGCCCUGCAUAUUCUACGAGAAGACUGCUAUGUGAUUCGUAUAUGUGGGGUUACCAAGGAGCAACAGACGACUAUGGGUGUACAGUCGGGACUGGAGCUACUGACCUUGCCAUAUGGACAGCAAUUAAGACGCGACCUCUUAGAGAGACAUCACCUCCUGUCUCUGGGAGUCGCUGUGGAUAUACUGGGCUGCACUGGGGAUGUGGCAGAGAGAGCACACACCUUACACAGAGUCAUCUGCCUGGCGUCUGAGCUGAAAGAUUUUGCUGGAGAUCUCUUUGCAUUUUCUGCUGUCAUGAAGGCCCUGACUCUGCCCCAGGUAUCUCGUCUAGAACAAACAUGGCAGAUGCUACGUCAAACACACACAGAGAGCGCCAUCACUUUUCACAAGCAGUUGAAACCAGCCUUAAGAGAAAUGGAUGAAUGUCUCACACUCCCUCCACCUGGCGAGGUUGCGGUCCCACAUAUACUGCCUGUACUCAAGGCCCUGGAAGGAGAGGAUGACUGGGGGGGACCAGUGGAGGAAAGCUGUGGUCGGCUGCUUCGUGUAUUGCAGGCAGCGCGAUCAUAUGUAACUAAUGCAGAACUUCACAGGAGCAAUGCUGAGAGCAAGCUAGAAGGCCUAGUUCCUCAACCAGAACUAAGAGAAGCUUUCCAGACUGAGUUUUCCCUAAGGCUGUUCUGGGGCAGUAAAGGUGCCAGCGCUGAGCAGAGUGAAAGGUAUAAGAAGUUUGACCAAAUCCUCAAUGUUUUAUCACAAAAGUUGGAACCAGAGACUCAGAGGAAUAGGUUGACAAGCUUUGUGUAUGGAUCCAUCUUCUAAACCGCACAGAGGACUCCAUGAGCAGUAUUUAGGAAAGCCACUGGAUGUGCACCUUCACGGUGCAAAAUGUAUGCUUCACUCUCUGGACGAGUCUCGGCAAUAUUUAAGUGUGCCUAGGUGAAACAUUUGAAGAAGAGCAUUUUGUAUAGGUGUAAAUAUCAAAUCAAAAAAGUUCAACAUCCGCCCACUUUAAAAAUUGCUUUCAUUAUAUGAAGCUUUAUAGUUUCUCUCCUAAUUAUGGCCUAAUCAUGAAAGUGAAGGUACAGUAUACCAAGACUAUCCUUAGUAUAUAUAGCAGGUGUUGUAUUUGAAGCUUUGGGGCAGAUGUAUUAAGCAUGGAGAAGUGAUAA